UUUUUUUGUUUGUUACCUUUCAUCUUUGGAUUAAAUCAAAUCACUUUGUUCUCAAGUAGUUAACAACAAUAGUUAUUAUUAUUAUUGUAAUAAUUCAUCGCCAUAAUCACCAUCAACAACAUUUUUAUCAUCUGUAUCAGUGUACAAAAAUCAAACAUGGAUUGCCUUUUAUAUUCAAUCUCAGUGGUUACAUUGUUUAUCACGGUCAUUUUAUCCCAAAUGAUUACAAUUUUUGCUCAAAAUCCACCUCGACCCGUUUCACGUACGAAAGGAAUUGAUCGUAAACUUGCUGUUGAAGAAGGCUCUUUAGCAGUUCUUCCAUGUCCAGUUGAUCGAGAUGAAAAUAUGUUUAUUGAAUGGUCCAAAGAUGGUUCCUCAUUGACAGUUUUUGACAGCCGUCACCGUCCAACUGCAAGCGGAAGUCUUCGGAUUAUAGAUACAGAAUUAACAGAUUCAGGAAUGUACAAAUGUUCAGCCAUAAAUGGAUUUGGUUCUGUGGAAAUGACUGUUCAACUAAUAGUUUUUGAUAAAAAUGGUCUACCAAUUUCAACCACUACAACUGCUCCUAAAUCAACAACACCUUCAACUACUUCAAUUGCGAUGCUGGAAAUUGAAAGAAUUGAUGAAGAUUCAACAUCUUUUUCAGUUGACCCAAUGGAUUCAUUUGAUGCCAUCAGUUCAUUAAAUCCAUCUCAUGGACCUAAAAUAUCGGGAUCAACCAAAGCUGAUGACAUUUGGUCGGACAAAUUAACAUUGCCCUUUGUAAUUGCGUCUGUUGGAGCAACUUUUCUAGUCUUAAUCAUUCUCUUGCUGUUAUUAUCAUAUGUUAAACUGCGCUCACCGAUUAACCCUAAAUUUAAUCAAGUUCUUGACCGAUCCAAUGGUCUGUUUGGUGCUGCAAACAAUUUAGACCACGAAACUAGGCAUUACAAUAUGUAUCCAAUAACUGAUGCCAACAGCAAUAACCACAGUACUUCACUCAAUAAUCAUUCAACUCCGGGUCAUGCAAGUUUCACUGGAUUAACAACACCUUCGCACCACUCACAUCAUCCUCACCAACAUCAUCACAGUCUUCAUUCAACUCCACCAAGGCAGCCGUCAUUUCCACCUCCUCCACCGCCCACAAUGCCACGUCCAGUGAAUCAAAUGACUCCGUCCCAUUUUACAAUUGUAUCUCAUAAUCAUUCAAAUGAGCUUAGGACUGUUCCCAGUGAUAAGGCCAGUUCACCAGUUGACUCGUCUGUAAUUUACGAGUCACCAUUGGAGUUUGAUCUUAAACCCAAUUUCGCUAUGAAAACACCUUAUGGUUAUCUUUGUUGAUCAAUUAUAACUUCAACAUUAUACUGCUUGUCCCCAAAAUAUUGGAUCAAAAGAGCAUCCAAGAUCAAACCCAAGUCUUCCAAUUCAUCAAACACUGAAAGGAACAUGAAUUAUUGUAUAAAAUAGCUAAAACUCUAGCCAUUAAUCAACUAUUGAAAUCACAUCCAUUGUAUAUUUGAUCACGGGCAAUCUUUAGAAUUAUUAAUAUCUAGUUUUCUUAAUGGAAACAUCUUUGUAAAAAUUUUGUACAAAUAUCAUCAUUUCCUCUUCUAUUCUCGCUGUUGAUUUCAUUUUUAAUAUCAUCUCCAUUAAUAAUCAUUAACAUUCUAGUUGAACCUACUUGACUGAUUAGACUUUGGAUAGCACUUGAUGUAAUACGAGCUUCACUUGGAUUCAGUUUCAUGACCAAUCUUUCUUAAUAACGAAUCUGAUUUCAAGAUAUUUUGUUUUUUCAAUUUAAUCUUUUCUAUCAAGUAACAAGUCUAAAAAUCAAGUAAUUUUUAUUGUAACUCACUUAUAAGGAAACAAAUCUUUUGAUAUUACAACAAAUGAUCUAAAAUCAAUUUGAAUAUAUUUAAAUUUUAAAAAAACUAUGAUUCAGUAAAUGAUGUGUAAAAUGUCUUUGUAUUUAAA